AUGGAGCCAUUUUCAUUUGCCAGCUCCGAGUCUCUAGACUACCCAGUCAGCAUUCGCAUCAUUAACCUAGAGGGCGACGAAACACCAUUUCUGCAUUCUACUUUAUUGGAAAAGGCCGCCCUUAGACACAUCGGUUCUAACACAAGUUCUCACUCUGAUCUCUACGUCACCGUCCAAGUAUGGGCCGGCUCGAAGCCGUUGACCGUGCCUAUCCAGACGGCAUACAAAUCGUUUCGCAAUGAGAGGAGCCCUCUGACGCAGAGUGCGCAUAGAUGGAACGAAUGGCUCACACUACCGAUCAACUACAAAACCCUUCCUCUAAACUCCUGCUUAGCCAUCACAUUAUGGGACUCGUCACCAGCUGGAGGAAAACAGGCAAGGGGCCAUGCGAUUCCCUUCGGUGGCACAACACUUCCACUGUUCGACCGAGACAACCAGGUGCAGAAGGGCCGGCAGAAAUGCAUGGUUCACCGACACAAGAAUGCUGAUGGGAAUGACAAUACCGCUACGCCUGCGGUUCCGCGCAAGAAACGGGACAGCUCGAGGAAAGGAGCAGCUCCAAUUGUAGAUAAGGAUGCUGAAGAGCUGGAGCGCAUGGAGAAGCUGUUCAAGAAGCACGAAAUGGGCGAGAUACCCAGAGUCGACUGGCUUGAUCAGCUUGUCUUCCGUGGCUUUGAGAAGCGCGGAAUACAGUCGGCAAAAGCAUCACUCAAGACUAUGCAACACCAGAGGACGACAAAUGGAGAUGCGUCAACCAAAAAGGAGGGAGUCUCAGACGACAAAGGCACUGUGAAUACCGAAUCCCAUCCAGGGUUUUCCAAGUUUCAACUUAACGUUGAGUUGCCUCGAUUUGACUUUCCAGUUGUUUUCGCCGACCUGGAGUACGACCCCCCGCCAAUUUCGGCGCUUCAGCAUGUGUCUGCUUCUCAGUCUAACGUAAUGCUGAAGCCACCUCCUGAAGUGCAGUUUGGUCCUGGUAUCGACGCGCUUGACGAUUCAGCUGGGAGUCGAUUGAUGAAGGUGUAUGAUCCUGAGGUCGGUGCCCGUGACAACCCAGCCGAAAGCAAGCACAGGAGGCUCGUCAGAAGUCAGCAUCGCCAUGGGGUUCUCGAUAAGGAUCUUAAACCAAAUGCGAAGGUCCGGGAUGAGCUGAACCUCAUCAUGUCGUAUUCGCCAACCCACACGUUGACCCCGGAAGAGAAGGAUUUAAUCUGGAAGUUCCGUUAUCAUCUCACUCGCGACAAACGGGCUGUCACCAAGUUUGUUAAAUCAGUCAACUGGCAAGACCAAAGCGAAGCCAAGCAGGCGGUUCAAGUCUUGGGACGCUGGACCGAAAUCGACGUCGACGACGCCUUAGAGUUGCUUGGCCCCACCUUCGACAACCAAGCUGUUCGGGCAUAUGCUGUGGAAAGGCUACGUAAGGCGGAUGAUCAUGAGCUGCUCCUUUACCUGCUGCAGUUGGUGCAAGCCUUGAAGUACGAGCGCAUCCAGGCCGACUCUUCCCAGGAGGCCAUUCAUGAUUCGUCUCUAGCUCAAUUCUUGAUAUCCCGAGCAGCUGGUAACUUCCUUCUUGGCAACUACUUCCAUUGGUACCUGAUGGUCGAAUGCGACGAUCAUAGCCCUGAGCAGGGGUUAGAUAACCGCAACAUCUACAGAAAAGUGGCUUACGACUUCAUGACUGAACUGGUGCAGCAACCGGAUGGGGUUGAAUCGAGAAAGACACUCCUGAGACAGGCCGAGUUGAUUGCCAUCUUAUCCAAGAUCUCUGGAGAAGUCAAAACGUCACACGAAUCUAUCGCCAAAAAGACUGACCGCGUCAAACACUUCUUAGCAGAUCCAAAGAAUGAGAUUUUGACAAUCGACCCGCCAUUGCCUUUGCCGCUCGACCCUACCAUGCUAGUUGUCGGAGUGGUUCCUGACGAGACAACGGUCUUCAAAUCAUCUCUUUGCCCGAUCAAGGUUACCUUCAAAACCAGCACCGGCAAAAAGUACCCCAUCAUCUUCAAGACUGGUGACGACCUGCGCCAGGACCAGUUGGUCAUUCAAAUCAUUACUCUCAUGGAUCAACUUCUGCAGAAAGAAAACUUGGAUUUGAAACUAUCUCCCUACAAAAUCCUGGCCACCAGCACCACGGCAGGCGCUUCUCAAUUUGUUCCAUCCGUCAGCUUCCAAAGCAUUGCUUCGAAAUUCAGGAACAAUCCGGCACUGACCUACUUGAAAUCCAAUAACCCAGACGACCGACAACCCCUAGGGUUACGUCAAGAAACUCUGGACACCUAUAUCAAGUCUUGUGCAGGAUACUGCGUGAUUACCUAUAUUCUAGGUGUCGGCGAUCGGCACUUGGAUAACCUUCUCCUCGCUCCGGAUGGCCAUUUCUUCCACGCUGACUUUGGGUUCAUCCUCGGACGAGACCCAAAGCCAUUUGCACCAGUCAUGAAACUCUCCAAGGAAAUGGUAGACUGUAUGGGCGGUGUCAACUCAGAGCAUUUCAAACAGUUCAAGCAGUACUGCUUCCUGGCAUACACUGCUUUACGUAAAUCCUCUAACCUAAUACUCAACUUGUUCAGCCUCAUGGUCGACGCGAACAUUCCUGACAUUCGACUCGAGCCCGACAAGGCGGUCCUAAAGGUUCGUGAGCGAUUUCACCUGGAACUCACAGAGGAGGAGUCAAUGCUGUUCUUCGAGAGGAUCAUUGAAGACACGCUCGGAGCCAUUGCUCCGGUUGUCAUUGACAAACUGCAUGAGCUCGUGCAGGCUUUCCGAAACUAA